AGUCAGUUUGUUUUUUAACUCCGAUUGGUCAUAACUUUUUGAUAAAAAUUCAAGUAAAACUUAAUUCGUUCGACCACAAUGGAUGUCAAGCAACAGUUGCAGGCGCAGGAUGUGGAUACGGAUCUCGGCGAUGUAACCACGAGCAGCGAGGCGCUGCACAACCAAGACUUGAACAUAAAUUCCAGUUUGACCACAGUGUGCAGCACUUUUCCGUUGAACUUGAGGAUCGAAAGCUACCAUCAAUGGCAGCCGAUGGACAUCGACAUUGGGCGUGAGGACAUCUUGGAACGCAAAUUGGAAAUGGAGAGUGAGGGAAUGGUCCAGCCCGCCGUGUCCAUUCCACUCGCCCUAAAUGCCACACAUCCUUAAUGCCAAAUUAAAUAAGUUUCACAUUUCACUGUUCAAUGAUGCACAAAAAGUUAUGGCUCCCCUGCGUAUGAGUAACGCGCAGAAGAAUACGCAUACGACCCAUUGUACCACCAUGCCUUUAAUAAAAGCAAGAUAGUUAAU